GUUGUGACAUCAUAAAGGCUGCGCCUCUUCUGUGAACAAUCUCAAGCGUCCUGAGGUGUAUUUUGCAAAUGUGCUCCAAUAACAUGGCACGUUUCCAGUCAAACGGGGGAAAAUCUACUAUAGUAAAGAUGGAGAUUAUGAAAGAAGAGAGUGAAGACAUGAGAGUAACAGACACAAAAUUGAAAAAUGAAGAUACUGAGCAACAAAGAGCUCCAGUGGCGCUGGAUUUGUGGUGGCCCUCCCUCACACGGAGGCUGCUCGGAAGCCUCGGAUCACAAUCCAUCCAAAAAGAAACCCAAGAUCCACCGGAGGUGUAUGUUAGGUUUAAGGGAGGACCCAUCACUAUAAUGAAAAUUGCGACCAUGGCAGGUGAUGACGAAAUGGCACAUGCCCCUGCUGAUGCGCGUGAAGGCCAACGUGACAAUGAGAGAAUGAUCAUGUCGGCGAGAAGUGGGAGGACAAUUAAAAGAAUCCCUCAUAAAUAUAGCUCAGAUGUGGCUGUUGUGUCUACAGUUCAGACUGACGAUGCAGCAUCAGACCAGCCAAACACUCAGACUGAAGUAUGGCCAAAUGAUGAGGAAGCAGGAGAACCCACCUCACAGGUUUUUCUUCGAAAAGCAAAACAAACCAUUGAAAUCCAAAAAGAGAAGAUUGUUCACCUUGAGGAAAAGGUGAAAUCUCUAACUGAAGAGAGAAAUUAUCUCCGGGAAAGACUACAGGAUGCUCUUAAUCUGAAAGGUGAAGCAGUUCAAAGUAAUCCACCUCAACACUUGCUGACUCCACCAUCAUCUUCAGCUGCAAAGAAUGUGGACCGUUCUUCAGAAUCUUCUGAUUCUUCUGAUUCUGAGCCCACUCCAAAGAAAAAAAAUAAGAGUGAUAAACAGAGAGGAAGAAUAAACAAGAAGAAAUCAAAGAAACUGAUGGCGAACUAUUCCAAAAGAGUAAGGACCCCUGAAGAUUCUAUCAAGCGGUACUACAAUGUACUGAAGCUUGUAAAACAAGGCCUGACUAAGACUGAAGCCUACAACAGACUUAAUGUUGACAGGAACACUAUAGUAAUUCAGGCUCCCAUUGCUGAGUUAGCGGCAGCUAACCCAGAAGCUUUCAAAGCAUUGAGGGAAAGCUUUAAAAAAGGUGAUAGCGUCCAAAAGUUUGCUGAAAGUUGUCUCACACAGUGCAGACUUCACCCCAAUGUGGAUGUAAUUCAUAAUAAGAAGGAAAUCGAUGACCUACUGGAUAUUAGUAAAAAGUGAGGUAAACCUGUGUUAUGCUGCGUAUCCUCAGCAAUUACUUUGUUGCUGGGGCAUACUUGUGUAGAAAAAAGGUUAUAAGGUUAUUGUAUUGCUAAAAGGUUUUUACUGUUGACUGUUCAUGUUCGUAUUAAUUGGGUAAUUGUACAUUUUGAUAGUUUAAAUCCUAAUAAAGUAAAUGGACAUGUGAUAGUUUUGAUACCAGGGACUAAAAAUGGUUCAAGGACAUUUUGAAAUGAAAAACGAAAACUGGAACAAAGUGAUUUUCAGUUGUUCCAGAGUGAAAACAUUAUUUUUAAAUGCUGGUAACUGGUUAUAACCGGUUAAUUUUGUUCCUAUAAUUUUUUCAUGAAACUAAAGGCCAGAGGGUUUAUCACAGUAAUUUUUUGGAACUGCACCACUUCAUGAUGCCCGAAAAAAUGAAACACGUGCUUUGAUCCUGAAGGAAAAUGCUGCAUCAUACAUUUCUUUGCCUAAUUGUCUGUUGUGGAUGAAGCAUUCUUUGAAUGAAGACUUUUUUAACAACUAUGUAUAAUUAAUACAUGCAACCCCUGGCAAAAAUGAUGGAAUCACCACACUUGGAGGAUGUUCACCCAUCUUUUUUACUUCAUAGCAAAUAAUUACUGUGAUAAUAAUAAUUUAUUAAUAAAAAGAAUAUUAAUACAAAUUAUUAUUAAAAAUUAAUAAUAUUUUUUCCCCUCAACAUUGAGUGAUUCCAUAAUUUUUUCCUCUACUUGAUCUGGAAAAAAAUAUGCCAUUAAUUAAAAUAAUGUCAUUUUAAUUUGUUUGACGGAUGUUUCACGAAGCCAGAAUGUUCAGCUAUUAAACAAAAAUUGCUUUGUGUCAUAUCUGUCAUAUCUUUGUUUAUUUGCUACAAAGUAAAAAAUCUGGGUGAACAUCCUCCAAGUGUGGUGAUUCCAUCAUUUUUGCCAGGUGUUGUAUACAUGCACAGCUAAUCCAGACACAAGGAAAACAUUAUUAAAGUAAAAAGUAAAUUUCUCAGUUGUGUUCAAGUCUUCAGUGAAUUAUUGUUAGAUAUGAUGCAUUAAUACAUAUUUGAUGCUGUCGGGUUUUGACUCAGAAGCAGAUCUAUAAUUAAAAUUAUACUUAUCUGUUAAUUAACUGCUUAUGAUUUCUAGGCUGAUAAAUCCACCACACGGAAAAAAAUUAUUGCUUAUUUUUGCUUAUUUUGGUGAGUCAAGUGGCAUAUUUUGGGCUUGAUUUUCCAGAUCAUGUUGCUUGUUUCUCUUGCGAGAUCUGGCAAUGCUGCAAUUGGUAUUUCACUCACCCCUUAGAGCAGAGUACUUUCAUUUUAAAAAGAACAUUAUAAACCAUUCUUUUAUUUUGUUCUAACCGGUAACCUUUUGGAAAGGAGGCUGCGGAAUUCCAGAACCUGAACGAAAAAAUACUGUUGUUGCCCAGAAAGAACCAAAAUGAAAAACAUUUCAUUUUUAGUCCCUGUUUGAUAAAAGGGACACAGUAUGUUAACAUGGGCUAAGGUUAUGUUGUUGAUACCUAAAUAAUGUGCUGAAUGUACUGUUAUUUGUUAAUUCUUUUUUCUUUUUAAACGAUGUAGUUAUUUUUUUUUUUUUUCAUUCUUUGUGAAAUAAAUGGAAUGUGAUGCUUUUGUCACAACUCAUGCACAACUCUCUCCUUUGUAGUGCUUGGGAU